AUGUGGUGGGGGAAGGGUCUCCUGGUACAGUCCUCUGCUUCCCGCCUCCCACCCCGAUUCCUCAGACCCCAAGGCCUAACUGCAUGGCCAACUCCCCUUUUACACACAGCAGAAGAAGCCUGUGAUGAUUCCCCACUACCCCCACCUUCUCUGUCUUACCCCCAACGUAUACACCGUGGCUUGGACUCCCCAAGGAGCGUUUUUUUAAGAGCUCAGAUCUACAGCUCUGUGCCUGGGUCACAAACCCUGCCUUGCCGCUGGCCAGUGUGUGUGUGUGUGUGUGUGUGGUGUCUAGGACCCUCUCUUGCGUCUUGAUGGCCCUGUGGCCCUGGUGAAGGCUGGCAGUUGUCACUUACUGCCACAUUUUCCUGAGGAUUCAGGUGGGCAUAAAUGGCUCAUUCACCAGCUGUCCUGGGUGGCAGCUCAGGCGGGCAGGCCUUCUCUUAUUGAAGCCAGCCCUUUUCUCCUCCCUUCCGCAUGGCCACAGGCCUGAGGGACUAGGGCCAUCCCUACUGGGCAAAUGGGGAAGGUGGAUUAUCAGACCUGAGAAGACUGGGAGGCCAGGCCUAGCCUUGGGAAAAACAAGGGUUAAUUAAGGUCUAGGCCUUACUGGGAGUAGGAGAAAGAGACAUGCACAGAGACAGAAAAAGACAGAGACAGUUGGCAGAGAGAGAGGAGAGAAGACAGGACAGCCUGUGUGUGUGUGUGUGUGUGUGUGUGUGUGUGUGUGUGUGUGUGUGUGUGUGAGAGAGAGAGAGAGAGAGAGAGAGAGAGAGAGAAGCCCUGCCUUCCUACUCAUCUUGGCACUAACUGGGUGCAGCCCCUCCCCCACCCCACUGCCUUCCCAGACCAACCUGUUCUGGGUGUGGGUCUCCUGUGACAGCUGUCCAUCAGUUGCUUCUACCCAGUCUUGACUUUUCCACUUUCUAUUAGUCUCUCACACUUGCACUCUUCCCUGUGUGGCCUCUGACACCUGCACACCCCCAGGGAUUUGCAAGAGAAAGAAAGACUUGGGAGUUGGAACCUAUGUCCCAGCCCCUCACGUGCUGCAAUAAUUGAGUUAGAGAGACUGGCUUUGUGAGUUUUUUAAUUUUGAUUUUUCAUCAUUACGAGUGUGUGUGUGUGUAUGUGUGUAUGUGUGUGUGAGUGUGUGUGUGUGUGUGUGUGUGUGUGUACAUGCACCACAGCAUGUGGAUGGAGGUCAGAGAACAACCACGAAAACCUCAGCUCUCUGUCCUUGUCACCUUUCUGUGAGUCCAGAACACUUACUUCAUCAGGUCUUCUGAAGUAGGCACCUCUACCCACUGGGCAAUCUCGCCAGCCCGAGAGCCCAACUCUGUUAAAUCACAGUUGAGUUUGAGGCCCAGCCCUCCUACAGUGUGGAAAAUAAUUCAGAUUCUCUGAACUUCUGUGUCUUUUUCUAUUUAAGAAAAGAGAGAGAGAGAGAGAGAGAGAGAAAGGUGUUUGUCCAGUUAAGCAUCUGUGCCUGAAAACACAUAGAAGUUGCGUGCGCGUGGUGCCGUGCAGUGGGUUAUCAACCCCAGGACUUGUUUAAAGUUAUUUUUAUUUACUUGUGGGUGUAUGGGGGCACCUGUGUGGAGGUCAGAGAACGUCCUGGGUCCUGGGGGUCAAACUCAGACUGUUAGACUUGGUGGCAAGCACCUUUGACUGCUGCGCCAUCUUGCUGGUCCCCAGUACUUUUGGGACCAAGCUGGUGAGAGGUGCCUUGACUGUCUGAUGUGGUCAGUGUUCACUGUGGCAGCUGCUGUGGCCGGUGAGAAUAUUCUAUCACGGUCUCUCAGGCGAGCAGAAGGCACUAUAGAGUGUGCAGAAGGGAAGGAAAGCCCCGUGCAGGGACCUUCAUGCUCAGAGUCACUCAUUUCCCUUCCUGUUGGUCCAGCCCCUUCCACCAUGUAACACUGCUGAGUGGCUGCAGCUGGCUCAGGAUCAAACCCAGCUAUCACCUACCUGUCUGUCCCAGACAAGGGCUGGGGGCUGGAGGAAACGGGGAGGAACGGAUCUAGGCUAGGUCAACUCUGAAAUAUAUGUCUUUAUAGUGUGUGUUCUCCGGGUGUCGCAGGGUUUGUGUGGCUGUCAGAAGGGAGGUUAGGGGCGUUUGUUCUCCUUGCACCAUGUAGGUAUCAGGGAUAGAAUUCUGGUGGUCAGGCUUGGUGGCAAGUGCCUUUUCCAGCCAAAAGUUCUCUCUCCUCCUGGUGCACUUUUGUUGUUGUUGUUCAUUUGUUUUGUGGGGUUUUUUGUUUGUUUGUUUGUUUGUUUGUUUUAUUUUGUAAUUGCCAGCACUUGGUUUGGAGCCUAGGGCCCUAUGCUAGGGAGUGUCCACCAGUUGAGCUAUGACCCCAGCCCCUCACUGGGGGAUCCUAGGGAGACACUGGACCACAGAGCCACAUCCCCAGCCCCUCUGAUCUGCUGGGUUAGUAGGUUUAUCCCACCAGGCCCUGCAACUCGGGCUUCUUUACAGACACCUUUCAAGAGGCAGCCAGUGCUCGGUGUUCAGGGUGUGGAGGAGAUGCUGGGAGAGACCCAGGAGAAUAGGGAUGGGCACCAAGUUAGAUCCUGGGUAGCUACUGUGGUAAGACCUGGUGUGGUCCCAGCAGCUGGGCCUGCAGGAGAAAAUUUCCAAGAUCUUCCAGAGAGGUUGGGGGCACAAAAAGGGGUUCCCCUGAGAAGCAGUCCUGAAGGGCACCAAGGGGAGGAGGCCGUGGAUGCAAAGCUUCUUAGAGGAGAGCUCCCCAUGGUGCCUGGAGGUCAGCACGAGGGUGCAGAGUAGGCUGCAGAAGGAGGACCUCUUAGACUAAUAUUUGGGGGCACCGGGGAGCCAGAGAAGCUGUCUGAGCGCCAACAAGAUCAGACAGGCUUCAGAAGGGGUAGUUCUGGUGUCCCCCAUGGCAAGGUGAGGAGUGCCGGCUGCUGGGCUCACAAGAGACAAACUCGGAGAUAAGGAAGACUUGUGUGUCAGUCUGGGAAAUACCAAAUGCCAUUCCUUAGGCCUUGCAAAUAGGAGAGAGGUAUGUGAGGGAAACUGGUCUCAUUUGUGCUCCACCAUUUUCCUGGCUGUGUGAUUUUGGGUAAGUUACCUUAGCCCUCUGAGCUGUGGUUUUCUUAUCUGUACGGUGGUGUUGCAACCAAUGUCUCGGGGGUUAGGGUUGUAGGUCAGUCAUACAGGAGACAAGAAAGACCUUAUUUGCCAGCACAACAACCAAAGUGUGUUGUAGGAGUAAACCCGCAGAAGGUCAUGGACUGAAUAGAUGUUAACCGUGGUAUAGAAAUGUGGUGUCUAGUAGGGUUGGGAUUAGUCCCUGUGUGGUUGUUGACCACUUGAAAUGUAGCCGGUAUAAUCCAGAUGUGCAGGUAAUGUAAACACUGCAGCAGAGUGUGGUGGCCCACAGCAAUCAUCCCAAUGCAGGGGAGGCAGAGGCAGAAGGGUCAUGGGUUCAAAGCCACCCUAAGCUCUUUAUAGAAGCCUCCAUCCAAAGAAGAUAAAGUAAAAGCAGACCGGGGAUGUGGCUCCACUGAAAGAGUUGUUUCCUUCUCCGUUGGAAGCACUGAGUUUCAGACCCAGGACCAGAGAACUUGGGCAGGGGAGACCACACCUGUCACCUUGGUACUUGGGUUGUGGAGGCACAAAGAUCAAAAGUUCAUGCUCAUCUUUAGCCAAAAUGAGCAUUUGAGGCCAACCUAAGCUACGAAAGGCUUUAUCUCAAGAACAAAAACAAAAAGCACAAAUCAAACAUUCUGUGAAUGAUUCGCCAUUUUAUACUGCAGUGAUUUUAGAGUGGAAUUGGGCUGAGAAAACUGUCGCCAAAUUAUAGUCUUUCUUUCUCCUUUUAAGUUUUUACUAUCAUAUUUUCUCCUUUUAUUUAUUUGGUUUUAUUUGUUUUUAAGAUUUAUUUAUUUAUUCUAUAUAAGUACCCCGUUGCUGUCUUCAUGCACACCAGAAGAGGCAUCAGACCCCAUUACAGAUGUCUGUGAGCCACCAUGUGGUUGCUGGGAUUUGAACUCAGGACCUCUGGAAGAGUAGUCGGUGCUCCUAACCGCUGAGCCACCUCUUUUUUUUUUUUUUUGUUAAUAUUUUAUUUAUUAUAUAGGAGUACACUGUAGCUGUCUUCAGACACACCAGAAGAGGGCAUCAGAUCUCAUUACAGAUGGUUGUGAGCCACCAUGUGGUUGCUGGGAUUUGAACUCAGGACCUUGGGAAGAGCAGUCGGUGCUCUUAACCACUGAGCCAUCUCUCCAGCUCCUGAGCCACCUCUUAUUUUGCGUUUUGAGAUAGGGUUUGUACAUAACCUUGGCUAUCCUGAAGCCAGCCUUGUAGACCAUGCUGGUUUGAACUCACAGAGACCCCUGCCUCCUCCUCCUGAGUGCUGGGAUUAAGUGUGCUUGCCAUCGUCGCUCAGCUCAGUGUUUUAAAUACUUUUUUUUUUCGAAUUUAUUUAAUGUGUAUGUGCACAUGCAUGCAUGCCAUGUGUGUACCAUGUGAUGUGUUGCAGGAUCAGAAGCCAAUUACUUUCAGGGUCUAGUUCUCUCUUUCUACCAUGUGGGUUUGGGAGAUUAAACUCAAGGUUGGUUAGGUUUAAUGUCAAACGCCUUCGCUUACUGAGCCAUCUCCCUGGUCCUUUUCAUUUUGUUUUGUUUAGAUAGCCUGAACUAUUAUAGAGUAUAAUACCAUCUCAGAACACACUAUAGAACCUGCCUUCUUGCUUCACCCUUCCAAAUACUGGGGUUGCUGGCAUGAGUUACCUCGCCUGGCAAUUUUGUCUUUUUGAAAUGAUCUCACUAUAUAGUCUGGGUGGCCUUGAACUUGUGACCCUCUUGCCUCUCAUUCCUGAGUGUGGCACCAUGCCCUGCUGAGUAUCUCUACGUUGAAGGAAAAUGAUACUGACAGUCAUGUAUAGUGGCUAGUGCUUAUGCUCAACCCCAGACAGUACUACCCUUCAUCUCUCAACCCGAGUGUCAGUCAAGUGGAAGGACACUGGUGUAGAACAAGUGCUUAAUGUCCAUCUGAGACGAGGGCAGUAGAUGUUCCUCAGUUGAUAGGGUGCCUGCCUGGCGUGCUCAAGGCUCUGAAUUUAAUCUCCAGCAUGGCAUAAACUAGAUGUGGGGGCACUUAGAUGGCUGUAAUCCUGACAUUGGUGAGGUGGAGGCCGGAUUGGGUGUUGGUGUUUGUCCUUGGCUGUGUAGCAAAGUCUGAGGCUGGCCUGAGCUGCAUGAGACCUUGCCUCAAAACAAAAUGAGGCCCAAGUCGGUGAGAAGCGGUUCUGGGUCAUUUUUCUUCCUCAGAGAAAGUCCUUAGAUUUUGCUCUAGGGAACAGGAAGUGGUCAUGGUUGAGCCUGAGAGGACACUGAGUGUAUGAGAAAGGUCAGGGUGAUAUCAGGAGGUUGACUGCAGCAUGGGGGCAGGUAAAGUCAGGGAAGACGGUGACUUAUCACUAGGACGCAUCCUGGUGUGCAGCUGUGGCAAUCAGAUGGUCACACAAGCCUCCACAAGGUGGGGUGGGGCUUGUCCCUUUGGAAUAAGAUAGCAGGAGGAAGGCUUCUCGAAGGAGGUACUGGGCACAGAGCCCAGGUGCAUUGUGGGCCCGUGGGUGUGUGUUUGGCUGGCUGCUGUUGGCCUUGGGGAGGCUAGGAGCAGGAGAACAGGAGCUGGGUCGAGGAUGGAAGCCAGGGCCCCAUGAGGCUGAGGCAGGGGGAAGAGACAAGGCCAUGGAGGCAGAGGGCAGGAGGAGAGCAUGUGCCCCCGGAGCUGUGGGAACCCUUCUACACCGACCAGUACGCACAGGAGCAUGUGAAGCCCCCAGUGACGCGGCUGCUGCUCUCUGCAGAACUCUACUGCCGGGCCUGGCGUCAGGCACUGCCACAGCUCGAGCCAUCCCCCAGCCCCUCUGCACUGCUGGCCUUGCUGGCGAGGAGGGGCACGGUGCCCUCGCUACCUGAGCACCCAGUGCGUGAGGCUGACCUGAAACACCAGCCAAUCCUCAUGGGAGCCCACCUAGCUGUCAUCGAUGCGCUCAUGGUUGCCUUCUCAUUUGAGUGGACAAAGACCCUGCCUGGUCCCUUGGCUCUGAGCAGUUUGGAGCACAAACUCCUUUUCUGGGUAGACACAACUGUUCGGCGGCUGCAGGAGAAGACAGAACAAGAAGCAACCCAGCGUGCAUCUCCUGCAGCUCCUCUGGAUGGGGCUUCUCCGGCCCAGCCCUCGUGCCCCACACGCUGGUACUGGAAGCUGGUUCCUCACGCAAUUGCCUUCUGUUUGAAGGAGUCGGGGAACAAACCCCCUAUGAUUCGAUACCGCAAGGACCGUGCCAUUGCCCGGAGGGCCCCCUGCUUUCCAAAUGUGACUACCCUUCAGGACCUGGCCAGUGGAGCAGCACUGGCUGCCACCAUCCACUGCUAUUGUCCCCAGCUAUUACGACUUGAGGAGGUGUGCCUCAAGGACCCCAUGUCUGUGGCAGACAGUCUCUACAACCUCCAGCUGGUACAAGACUUCUGUGCCUCCCAUCUUCCUCGGGGCUGCCCCCUAUCCCUUGAAGACUUACUCUAUGUCCCACCGCCCCUCAAGGUCAAUCUGGUGGUGCUGUUGGCUGAGAUGUAUAUGUGCUUUGAGGUUCUGAAGCCUGAUUUUGUUCAGGCCAAAGACUUGCCUGACGGACAUGCAGCUGUCUCCCCCCGGAAUACCGAGACUGUACCAUCUCAGAACAACAGCGGCAGCAGUUCUCCUGUCUUCAACUUCCGUCACCCGCUACUGUCACCUGGUGGUCCCCAGUCCCCACUCCGAGGAUCCACAGGCUCCCUGAAGUCAUCUCCAUCCAUGUCUCACAUGGAGGCUCUUGGCAAAGCCUGGAACCGUCAGCUUAGCCGUCCCCUCUCCCAGGCUGUGUCGUUCAGCACUCCCUUUGGCCUGGACAGCGAUGUGGAUGUCGUCAUGGGAGAUCCUGUCCUGCUCCGCUCCGUCAGUUCAGACAGUCUGGGUCCCCCACGUCCUGCGUUGACAUCAUCGCGGAAUUCUGCCCAGCCACCCCCAGAAUCUGGAGACCUACCCACAAUUGAGGAGGCCCUGCAGAUCAUUCACAGCGCCGAGCCCCGCCUGCUCCCUGACGGGGCUGCUGAUGGCAGUUUCUACCUCCAUUCUCCUGAGGGUCUCUCCAAACCACCACUGGCCUCCCCCUAUCCUCCCGAAGGAGCCUCAAAGCCACUGUCUGAUGGGCUUAACAAAGCACCCAUCUAUAUAUCCCACCCUGAGAACCCUUCAAAACCAUCUCCCUGCUCAGCAGGAGAGACACUGAAACCACCGCCCCCGUCUGAGGGGUCCCCGAAAGCUGUGGCUUCAUCUCCAGCAGCCAACAACUCGGAAGUGAAGAUGACCAGUUUUGCUGAGCGAAAGAAGCAGCUGGUGAAGGCUGAGGCUGAAUCGGGAACGGGGUCUCCAACAUCCACUCCCGUAGCGCCUGAGGCCUUGAGCUCGGAGAUGAGCGAGCUGGGUGCCCGGCUGGAGGAGAAGCGCAGAGCCAUCGAGGCUCAGAAGCGACGCAUUGAGGCUAUCUUUGCCAAGCACAGGCAGAGACUGGGCAAGAGCGCUUUCCUGCAGGUGCAGCCUCGGGAGGCUGCAGGGGAGGCUGAGGAGGAAGCUGAGCUGGGCUCAGUUCCUGGUGGGGAACGGCCAGCAGGUGAAGGCCAGGGUGAGCCAUCCUCGAGACCUAAGUCAGUUACCUUCUCUCCAGAUCUGGGCCCGAUUCCCCCAGAAGGACUGGGGGAUUACAACCGAGCAGUCAGUAAGCUGAGUGCUGCUUUGAGCUCUCUGCAGCGGGACAUGCAGAGGCUCACAGACCAGCAACAGCGGCUUCUAGCCCCUCCAGAGGCUCCUGGACCUGCCCCACCACCUGCAGCCUGGGUCAUUCCUGGACCUGCCACUGGGCCUAAAGCAGCAUCCCCCAGCCCUGCCCGUCGCGCCCCAGCUGCCCGACGUAGCCCAGGGCCAGGCCCCAGCCCAACUCCCCGUAGUCCAAAACAUGCAAGGCCGGCAGAGCUGAAGCUUGCACCUUUGACAAGGGUACUCACACCACCCCAUGAUGUAGACAGCCUCCCCCACCUACGCAAGUUUUCACCCAGCCAGGUGCCUGUACAGACUCGAUCCUCUAUCCUCCUGUCGGAGGGGACACCUCCCGAGGAGCCCACCACCAAGCCUGCCCUCAUCGAGAUCCCUCUAGCCAGCCUGGGGGAGCCUGCUGCUGAGGAGGAAGGAGAUGGGAGCCCCCCUGGGGCUGAGGAUUCCUUAGAGGAAGAGGCAUCUUCUGAGGGAGAGCCCCGAUCGGGGCUUGGAUUCUUUUAUAAGGACGAAGACAAGCCUGAGGAUGAGAUGGCUCAAAAGCGGGCUAGCCUGCUUGAGCGGCAGCAGAGGCGGGCAGAGGAGGCCCGGCGGCGGAAACAGUGGCAGGAGGCAGAGAAGGAGCAGAAACGGGAGGAGGCCGCGAGGCUGGCUCAGGAGGAGGCUCCGGGCUUGGCCCUUUCAGCUCCCGUAGCCCCUGCUGCUCCGGUGGCCACCUUGGCUCCUGCUACCCGAGCCAUGGCCCCAGCUGAGGAAGAGGUGGGCCCCCGACGUGGGGACUUCACAAGACUUGAGUAUGAGCGUCGGGCACAACUGAAGCUGAUGGAUGACCUUGAUAAGGUGCUACGGCCCCGGGCCUCAGGGACCGGGGGACCAGGGCGGGGCGGGCGCAGGGCCACCCGGCCACGCUCUGGUUGCUGUGAUGACUCGGCCUUGGCACGAAGCCCAGCCCGCGGCCUGCUGGGCUCCCGGCUCAGCAAGGUCUAUUCCCAGUCCACACUGUCUCUGUCUACUGUGGCCAAUGAGGCUCCCAAUAACCUUGGUGUGAAGAGGUCCACGUCUCGGGCCCCUUCUCCAUCAGGCCUCAUGUCGCCCAGCCGCCUGCCUGGCAGUCGAGAACGUGACUGGGAGAAUGGGAGCAAUGCUUCCUCCCCAGCAUCAGUGCCUGAGUACACAGGUCCCCGACUCUACAAAGAACCCAGCGCCAAGUCCAACAAGUUCAUCAUCCACAAUGCCCUGUCACACUGCUGCCUGGCAGGCAAGGUGAAUGAGCCGCAGAAGAACAGAAUUCUAGAGGAAAUCGAGAAGAGCAAGGCCAACCACUUCCUGAUUCUCUUCCGGGACUCAAGCUGCCAGUUUCGUGCCCUCUACACUCUGUCUGGGGAGACGGAGGAGCUGUCCAGGCUGGCAGGCUAUGGGCCUCGCACGGUCACCCCUGCCAUGGUCGAAGGCAUCUACAAGUACAACUCGGACCGCAAACGGUUCACCCAGAUCCCCGCCAAGACCAUGUCUAUGAGUGUAGAUGCCUUCACUAUCCAGGGACACCUUUGGCAAAGCAAGAAGCCCACCACACCCAAGAAGGGCGGUGGCACCCCCAAAUAGCACGUGCUUGGGCAGUGCACUCUGCGCUCUUGGAGGACAAUGCAUUGGUUACUCCUGGGUCCUGUCUGGUCAUGCUGUGGGGGCUGAGCUGGGAGCUUCAGUGACUCAGGGCUCAGUUCAGUCCCCUUGUCUGUCCUCCACUUUCUUGAAUAAAAUAAUUGAAAAGAGAA